ACGAAUCCCCCACCGCGGGGCAGUGAGUGUGUGGACCAAGUGGGUCGAGAGGCUCGGCUCGGCUCGGCUACUUGCGGCGGGUACGCGGGUGGGACGCCUAACAACAACCACGGGGCCAUGUUGCCCCUCGCUCACUUUUGGAAGCUGUAACGACGCGCCGUGGACCUCAAUUCGCUUGCGUCCCUGCCACUCUCCCCCCCUCCUCUUCUUCCACCACCAGCACCACCAGCAGCAGCAACAGCGGUCCAUGGAAGAAGAACAAGGAGCGGGGAGGAGUGAGGCUGCUCGGCUAACAAACGGAGGGAGAACCGGGAAGCCGCAACGGUGAUGGGCUCUCGUCUUCCAUUGUGACUUCGCCAAAACAACAGCAAACCACCCACGGAUAGCACUGCUUCGCUUCUUGCGCGCCUCAGUUUCUGUGUGAAAUGCUUACCCAGUCGUCAUCUCGGCCGUCGAGCAGCCUGCGGGCCGCAGCUCGGCUCACCGAGCCCAACUCUGGGAAGUAGCUAGCCGCCUGCUAGCCAGCCACAUCUUUGCCCGAUGCUUCCCAAAGCAUCGGUGGGGGACAACGCAAGCCCUUUCGCCGCGAGCUAUUGUUUGGCCAGCGGGUCGUUUUGAGAUGUGAUGCUUCGGCGUGGUGGAGAAAGGGAGCUAAAACAUCGCUGCGAAAAAAUGCACAGUGGAAGCACAACAGCCGGGAUCCCGCUGAGGUGCUAGAGGGGGGAGCGAGGUUACCGACUACAGCCGCCCCACUGUCUCCCUCUCCCCGGGGUCAGAUUUGGACAACGACCGCCACAUUUCUCCUCCACUAAUCUCUGCCUCCUCCCCAUCCUCGUCAUGAACAUGCUCCUUGGAUGAAGGAGAAAAUAUGGAUAAGCUAACCAUCAUUUCAGGGUGCCUGUUUCUGGCGGCGGAUAUAUUUGCAAUAGCCAGCAUUGCAAACCCAGACUGGAUCAACACUGGCGAGUCAGCAGGUGCCCUCACAGUUGGUCUAGUUCGGCAAUGUCAGACCAUCCACGGACGGGACCGGACUUGCAUCCCUCCCCGGUUGCCCCCUGAGUGGGUCACCACGCUGUUCUUCAUAAUCAUGGGCAUCAUCUCCCUCACUGUUACCUGUGGACUCCUCGUGGCAUCACACUGGCGCCGAGAGGCCACCAAGUACGCCCGCUGGAUCGCCUUCACCGGCAUGAUCCUGUUCUGCAUGGCGGCGCUCAUCUUCCCCAUAGGCUUCUACAUCAACGAAGUGGGAGGCCAACCGUACAAGCUGCCCAACAACACGGUGGUGGGCUCCUCCUACGUGCUCUUCGUCCUCUCCAUCUUCUUCACGAUAGUCGGACUGCUGUUCGCCGGCAAAGUCUGCCUCCCGGGCUGAAGGCUGGACCGUGCCUGCCUCUGGACAAACGGAAUAAUUUGUCGGGAUUGACAGGACACGCAGCCACAGAAAAUCUUCGGACGAUAAACUCUGGCCACGAUUUUCUGGGACCUGUUGAAGUAUUGAACUUCUAAAAGAUGACCCAAGGUCAAGGUGGCGAGGGAGAGUGUGGGUGAGGCGGGCACGCCGCCACUGUUCAUUUCAUACAUGGCGUCUCUGUGGUUCUGCUGGCGAGGGUGCCAUUGUCAUGGCAACUACAGGGAUAACGCCUGUACAGAGUUCUUGAGGACCACUGAAGCCCUUGACUCCUCCCCCUACACCGCUCCCGCCCGUUGGGCCAUGUGGGGCCACGCUGCCCUUGGCACACAUCCGCACUGUCACCAAUGUUCCAUGUUGCUACGUUUGGGACCUCUUUGCUAUUUUUCAGUGUUCAUUUUUUUUUCUGUUGUUGUACAUUUUUAUUGUGUUCGCCUUUCCACAGAAGUAUUUUGAGUUUGAAUGAGGAGGUGCUGGCUCUCGACCCGGGUCGCCGCUCGCCCGUCACAUCUUAUGACUCCCCCCCUGCGCCCCCAAGACGAAGGCGUGUGGGUGGCGCAAAUGAGCGCGCAUACCACGUCCCUGAGGUCACACACGCACACACCAGCAAAGGAGAAUGCCACCGAAUGCAACACAGCUUACAUUGACUAGCCCAAAUGGUUCUCAAACUUGAAUGCAAUUGUAUUGAACUUGCAAUCCCUCUUAAGUGAAAAAUUAAUCCAGUGGUGCCUUGAGAUACGAGUGAUACCAAUUGGACAUACGAGCUGACGUCAACUCCCCCCCGAUUUGCAACCACAGACUUGAGGUAUGAAGACUGUCUGGUGGCAAUGACUCAACUCGCUGCACAACAAGCAGCAGUUCGGCAGAUGCGAUUAUUUAAAAAAAAAAAAAAAAAAAAAAAGCUUCCAAGUCAUUUAUAGCCACUCAUAGUUCAAGUUUAGUGUCAAAUUAAACCUAAAGCAAAGGGAAUUACACAUUGUGUGUUGAAAAUGCCCAAACAGGUGCCUAAAGAAAGACACUGGCGCGGGCACCCGCAGCAGCUCCUCUUGUUAUCUUUUGUCUGUUUAAGAGGGAGGAAAUUUCAUCUGUGCUGUAUGUACAGCACAUUUGACAAUAACGUUUUACUUGAUACUUGAUACACUGCUAGGUUAAUGCUAACAUACGGUUCAUUUGUUUUCAACGGGCAUCAUAAUCAGUUGAAUUUCAGCAUUCAAUCAUAAUGCUCAUGAUUGAAUGCAUAAUUAAUGGCGUUUGCCUUCAUUUCAGUGGAGAAACACGAUUUCAGAUGUGAGUGCUUUGAGUCACGAGCAAGGUCACGGAACAAAUUAAACUCGUAUCUCCCCAGGCACCCCUGUGGUUCUCAGUCUCUGCACGUUUGAGGCAAUUAUCGACAAAUGUGUGUGUGACGUAUUUCGAAACAAAUGUCACUUUCAAGGCAAACACAUUGAUUU